AUGCUGAACUCAAGCCUCCCACCCCCAUCGAGCUCGAAGGCCAACCCUUCCGGUGGGAAAGGAAAGAGACCCGCCACAGCUACAGCAGAAGCCCCCGAAAAGCCAGACUCAGCCAAAGGCUGGGCCCCAAGAUUAACCGGUUUUUAUUACGCCCUCGACGACCCCCCGUCCGACCACCCCUAG